AUGGACACGGGAGACUGCCAUGCCCGGGGGCCCUCUGCAGCGCUGCCGGAGGGAGCUGUGCCUGCCUUGUGCUGCGGGAGGGGACACCCCACCAGCCCCACGCUACGGACACCACCUCCCGGUGCCUGGCCCGGCCCCUUCUUCACCAUCACCUUCUGCUUUGCUUGCAGGAGCCUGAUGCCACGAACACUCGACAGUCAGAUCACGGUGGAGAAGACCCCCAGCUACUUUGUCACCAAGGAGGCACCACGGCGGAUCUUCAACCUGUCCCGGGACACAAAGCUGAUCGUGGUGGUGAGGAACCCGGUCACCCGGGCCAUCUCGGACUACACACAGACGCUCUCCAAGAAGCCAGACAUCCCCACCUUCGAGGGGCUGUCCUUCCGCAACCGCAGCCUGGGGCUGGUGGACACCUCCUGGAACGCCAUCCGCAUCGGGAUGUACGCCGUGCACCUAGAGAGCUGGCUCCAGUACUUCCCCCUCUCCCAGAUCCACUUUGUCAGUGGGGAGAAGCUGAUCACAGACCCAGCCGGGGAGAUGGGCAAAGUCCAGGACUUCCUGGGCAUCAAACGGGUUAUCACGGACAAGCACUUCUACUUCAACAAGACAAAAGGCUUUCCUUGCCUGAAAAAGUCAGAGAGCAGCGGCUUGCCUCGCUGCCUGGGCAAGUCCAAAGGCAGGACUCACGUGCAGAUAGACCCGGAGGUAAUCGAGCAACUUCGGGACUUUUAUAGACCUUAUAAUAUCAAAUUCUAUGAAACAGUCGGGCAGGACUUCAGGUGGGAAUAAGCGUCCAGGAGCAGAGCUGCGAUGAUAUGAGGCUGCAGUCU